GAACAAGCACACGCUUCCUCCUCGUAUGUUAUGUUAAUGACCUCUUCUUGCUAUCAUUUCACACGCCUCAGCUCCGGACUUUGUCUCUUCCCAAUCCCCGCUGCUGCAGCUGCUGGAAUCGCCAGGGUUCCUCUCCCUCGAUUUCGAUUAGGAUUCGUAGAUGGAGAACACGAGCUUCGUCGCCUGCGAAAAACUCGACCGAGCGAUGAACUGGGUGGGGUCGAGCGUCUCCUCGGCCUUCUUCGCCUCCCUCGAGCACUUCUCCUGCAUCAACCUCAGCACCAACGAUGACGAUGAGGAGGAGGAAGAGGCCAAGGAUCGACCCCUGAUGCUCACCAAGCUGGUCGCCCUCGAGGGGGAGCCCCGCCACCCCGCUUUCGCCCUUCCGAUCUCUGCAAACCCUAGCGCCACCGACAAACUCCCCCCUGUGUAGUUCCUGAUCCUUCCAUUGUCGCUGCAAUAUACGGAGAUCUAAGUCGAUUUCUUUGCUUCCUGUUUGUCGUGUGUAUGAAAUUAGCAACUUUAGCUAUCGAAUCGCGUGGCACUGCGAGGUUUGAUAUAUACGUGCAAUUUUAGACUGAAACCUCUGGGUUGUUUUUUUUCUGCAUAACCUUGCAUUAGUGUUAAUUUUCUCAACUUGUGCAUAUGAAGUCUGUAAAUAAGGGUUGUGUUCCUUAUUGUAACUACUACCCGACCAUCUACUUCCUGUAAAUUGGGUUACUGCUCUUUUGGGAUCA